CACUACGAGAACGGACGCUAACCUGCGAAACUGUAGCGGAAUAUUGGAGGGGGCUUGCACAAUACACCUCGCAAGGAGAAGCAUUUGGAUUACUUACGUUCAUACGGCGUGCAGCAGUAUACAACCCUAUCUGGGAAUUUACGCUUUGGAGUUUAACCUAAAUUUUGUGGAUUACAACAUUAUUUGAAUUCAACAUGACUCUGGAAGAAGUCGUUGGAUGCAACAUUACUGACAAAAGGAUGGAGACUGUGGGACAAGCAUUGGAAGAACUGCUGGUAGCUGCCCAGCGACAGGACUGUCUCACUGUCGGAGUCUACGAGUCUGCAAAGCUAAUGAAUGUCGAUCCGGACAGUGUGGUGUUGUGCAUACUUGCAACGGACGAGGAGGACGAGGACGACAUCGCUCUGCAGAUUCACUUCACGCUUAUCCAAGCAUUCUGCUGCGACAACGACAUCAAUAUCCUGCGUGUCUCUGGCAUGAGACGUCUCGCACAAGUCCUCGGAGAACCAAGCACCGCGGACAGCAACGCCAACGAACCCAAGGACCUGCAUUGCAUUCUAGUCACCAAUCCCCACGUUGACUCACUGAAAUGCCAGGCGCUGAAAGAAGUAGGCAACUACUGCGAGGAGAGUCGCUGCAAAAACCAGUGGGUGCCCUACCUUGCACUGGAGGAGCGCUGAAGGAACUGAGAAAGAUGAAGUGAAAGCAAAUAAAAGAAAACUGAAGACGUCAUUCUUGAAGAAGAAGAAAAAGAAAGGCGUUCAAGAAGGCAUCUCACAGUUACUGCAGCGUGUCCGCACACCCUGACCGGCAACUCUGGGAGUGGGAGAGAAAAGAGGAAAAGGUCAAAGGGACAAUGGGCUCGCGGCAUGUGAGCCCCGCUCUCUUCCUCCGCAAAAACGGAACGGCUCUGUGACGGCAGGGGGGAGUAGUAGGAAAGUGAGACGCGGCGGAGUCUCGAUGCUGCUCGCCAAGAGCUGGUGGAGCAGGCGAGGGCGGCAGCAGCGUGGGAGCGGACUUGCAGUUUCACUGUUGUAGAGGGAGGAACCGAGAAACUCCUUACCGAUGUUGAGACUGUUACGUUAAUACUGGGUCGUGCAGCACCCACCCAUACGUGGAAAAGGGAACAGUGUGGAGUUAUGAAAUGCAUAAUAAUUUUUGCUUAAUUAUUUUGAGCAAGAAUGCAGGUUUUGUUACAUCGAAUGACUUGCAAACAAGUUGCUACUAUUUCUCAUGUGCUAAGGGAAAGCUUCUGCAGCACACCAACUUUGACUGAAUUAUAACAGUAUAGUGACAGAACAGAGGAUACAAUGUAUUUAGAAUUUGUCUUCAUAAUUUAAAACAGAGUAAUAUAUGUCUAUGAACUACUGUAUUCUGUAAAAUGUGUUCUUACAGUUUUAAUAAAUUAUUGAAUGAAAAGUU